UAUAAUGUCUGCUACGUGACGAGAUGUUUUAACGGGAGUAGGCUUACGUUACAGUCGAGAUGUAAUAAUGACAUAAAGAACGUGCUUUUUUAAAAUUUAUGUUUUUUUGAACCCCAGUGUCUGACAUACUGAAAUCGUUGAUAUAAAGCUAAGCACGUCGGUCUGGCGACAACAACAGCGUUUGUUUAAAUUCAUGGACAAAGACCAGUGUAGCGACAUUCAAGGUCAGUGCUCCUGGAUGGAGAUGCAUCAGUUCAUUGGUGACCUUCUCACAUCUGGAAACACCUCCAAGGACCAGCCAGAUGUGCUAAACGCAGCAUGGGGCAUGGCUGCUGCUGCUGCUGGUGGUGGUGGUGGUGAGGCUCUUGGGUUCAAAAGUGCUUCACUCGGUCUUCUAGAACAACGUCGACCUGCCCAGGACAAGUCAGAGGCAGAGCCUGGCCAGCAGAUCCAGCUUGGGGCAUUACAAAGAAAGGGGGAGGACAGAGACAGGAGAGAAGAUGUGCAUUAUGCCUGCACCUGCCCCGGCUGCCCUUACUUCACUUCUCCACCUUCCUUUGAGACUUUAAAACCCAGACAAUCUUUGUUCUUGCCACCACGCUCAGAUACAGUUUGCCACCACUUACCGGACACUGAACCAAGCAGCACCACUGCAUCGGAGUUAGAGACCAGGUCGUCCAGCCGACCGCAGAGGGAAGACGCAGACAGUGGGACUCGGACCCCGGACAACAACUCAGACACUCCUCCUUCCAGAUCGUCCUCAGGCUCCAUGUCCCACCUCUCCAUGUUUCCUUGCUUGUGUUGCCACCGCAGCCUACAAACCUGCGCUCAGAUACUGAGCCACCAGGAAGGCACCGACCCCCCGUUUUCUCACACCCAUGCCCAUCAUCAUUUUCAUCACCACCACUGUCCUAUAAGUUCUUGUUUACCCUGCCCCCAGCUUGGCCGCUCUCACGCCUCACAGCUCUCUGGCCCUCUUCCCUGCUUGUCCUGCCAGCGCUCCUUUCCUACCUGUACUCAGGUGUGCCAUCACCAGCACAGGCCAACACACACUCAGCAACAAGAGGAAAGAGGUAGGGCGGCUACGACCGUGUUGUUGCUACAUCCCUGCAUGCACUGCCCUGCCUCUUUUUCCAGACCGUCCCAGUUGCUGCAGCACCAGCGCUCUGAGCACGCCCACAAACCGUCCGGCUUCCUCUGCACUGAGUGCGGCAGGGCCUUCAACUCGCACAGCAACCUCCGCAUCCACCUAAAUGUGCACACUGGUGCUCGGCCCUACUCCUGCUCUGACUGCGGGAAAAGUUUUAGCCAGUCGGGGGCUCUGAAGAUCCACAGGCGCAUUCACACAGGUGAAAGGCCCUAUUCCUGUCGAUUUUGCGGCAGGGGUUUUCCCCAUCUGGCAGGGGUCCGGGCCCAUCAGAGGACCCACACAGGGGAGAAGCCCUACCGCUGUAGCCAGUGUGACAAAUGUUUCACCCAGUCAGGAGCUCUUAAGAUCCAUACCCGCAUCCACACAGGAGAGAGGCCCUUCAUCUGCAGCCUCUGCGGGAAAGGCUUCUCCAACCGCUCCGGCAUCCGCUUCCACUACCGCACAGUCCACGGUCUUGCCCCGGAACAUGCUGGAGAAGCUGCAGCUGGGGUUGCACCUCGGGGGCCGGCCAGCCGCGGUUAUCCACCUGGGCGUCCCAGGACUUUUCCUCCAGCCGGCGUUGAGCUAAAUACACCAAACAACCUGGAGAGCAACCCACAUACUGCUCCAAGCUCCAGAGAUUCUCCUGCUCAUCCUGGCCCCGCGCCGCUCAGCGGUAAUGAGAGCAAGUCUCAGCCAGAGGCAGCAAACCGAGGCAGUGACAGAGUGGGGCUCUUGUAUGCGUGUGAAGACUGUGGCCUGCGUUUUAAGGAUGCCCCGUCCAGGAACAGACACCAGACUCUGAUGCACUACUCCUCUGAGGGGAGAGAGGAGGAGGAGACGCAGAGGAAAGAGUUAAGCACAAAUGAGAGGGUCCGUGAUAACAGUGGAGAGUGAAUUAAUCAAAUCACCAGAGGAAAGUGUAUAUAGUACAGUGUUGAAAUGAUUUGUGUGAAUUAUAUUCUGUAGUUAAUUAUUACUAUUUAAAAAGCCUUUGAUAUUCCACAACUUCUUCUCAAGCUAUUCUAUAGAUAGAUAGAACUUACAAAUAUGUAACACCUUAAAAUGAUUUCAAGGUGAGAUUAUGUUAUGUUCAGAAACUCAACCAUGCCGGUUUUCACCUUCAAAAGGUUUUGUACAAUUUCUGAUUCGAUCCAAGUUUGUACGUCAGAUUGUUUAACAUUUCUCUAUCAGUGAGAAAUCCAGCUGUUUGUGCGGAUUCAUCACCACGACAGGCUUUCAGUCCAUCUUUAAAUAACCUUAAAACACCUUGCAAUCACACACCAGGCCCACUUCUACAGUAUUUUUCUUAAUACGGUUGUUUUAUUGUGCCUUAUUCAGCAGUGGAAUGACAGAUUUGAUCUUUAAGAGUGUUUUGUUUCACAAACCUUUCAAAAUGCCAAAAUAAAGUCAAACACACAAAAUUACAGACCCAGUGUCUUUUAGGAAUUUUUUUUUUUAGACAUAAUGAAGGACUACCACUGCCACCUGACCCUUAUUAUACAAAAUGCCUUGUAAUGGUAAAAAAUUAAAUUUUCUACCCUUUUCUAUUUUCUUCUUUUGAAAUUUUCCUUUAAGGGGAAAAGUUUGACCAGCAAUGCCAUAUCAGUUUACUUAAAUUACUUUCUUUAGUUUAACAGUUGUUUUUUCCCCAUACAAAAGAAAAUCCAAUGGACUUUGAAUGGCAUAGAAAAUUAAGUAAAUGUAUGUAGAGUAUACAGCUUUAAUUUUAUAUAACUGUUUAGGUGUUUCUCACUUGUGGGAAAGUUGCUGUAUAGUGGUAAAACAAAUAAAAAGACAGCCACGUACUGGAUGUUAAGGUAAAACUCUAAACCCCUCAAAGGGAAAAUAAAUCUAUCAGGCUCUGGAGUUUGGUUGAGGUAUGUGUGUCUAGCUCAAGAACAACAUCCCCUUGCCUGUUGUGCCUUCCUGUGAUAUGCUAAUAAUCCAAGCAUUUAUUUUAAACCAAUGUCUGUUUGUUACUUUACAAUGUAUGUUAGAAAUAGAAGACAAUUAUCUGAGGAAUGAGAACCAGCAGACAAAUAAUUACACAAUCCAUUGUUAUUAGAUGUUUAAAGCUCAAGAGAGCCACCUAGUGGUUACACAUAAUCAUAGCAACAGUCUUAACCACUUUGUUACAGUGUAUCAUUUCUAGUGUUUGUUAAUGUUUCUUCUUCUAAUUCCUUCCUUUUUUUUUUUUUUUUUACAAAACAUGUUGAUAUUAUACAUUGUGAAUACGAUGUUUGGUGAGGACAAGUAACAUAUUCAAUCCACUUUUGUUUGCAUUAACCUGUUAAAUAGAAUGAAGCAUACAUUGCUGUAUGUGUUUCUUUUCUUUUGAAAGUGCAGCUUGUGAUUAAACAUUUCAUCAAUAAAACAGUAUCUCUGAGACACAA